AUGUCAUCCCGUCGCAAUGGUAUUGCAUACUCUGUGCGCGUGUUACGACUCGAGCGGUACGUCGCUGGGAUGUCUUGGUCGACGAUACCUCCGCAUCUUCGUACUCGACUUAUUUCACAUGGACAAAAAGUUUGUGAGCUUUACAAAGCAGCGCUUUACGAUCUUAAGGCGAAAAAUCGUGACGUUUUGAAGUAUCGCUAUCAUGCUGUUUUAAUGCGAGCACGUUUUGAAGAAAACAGAAACAUUAAGGAUGCAGUUUUGGCCAGGAAAAUGCUGGAAGAUGGAUGGGCUGAACUAAAACAGAUUGAGGCUCCUUAUCCGUACAAAUGUAAUUACUGACUUCUUAUCUCCUUAUAAACCUAGAUCCUGAUGCACCAGGAGGUGCUGCUUACGGAAGGGAAACUGUUUUUAAUGACUUUAACUAUGACCUUUGGCAUCCAUUAGAAAAGAAGCAGUAUCCUGACUUCUUUGCAAGACGGGAAAAGCGUAAAAAGGAAUUUAUCGAAGCCUGGGUCAAACGUUAUGGUCCUGAAAAUGAAAAAGUGUUUUAGUUGACUUUGUGAACAAGAAAUUCUCGUAGAUUUACUUUCAAGUGAUUAUAUCAAAUAAAUUUCUUGAAACCCU